ACCCUCCCUCUCUCUUGUCAUCUGGCCUCGUUCAAGUCACAUUCGAGUGAGUGGCCAACAUCUUGUUCGCGACAACACUUCUUCUUCAACAACUUCUCAUUCUAGCGACUCUUUGUGAUCGCGACCAGAAAACGCAGAAAUCAUGUGGCGCCCUGCUACUCGCAACUUAACAGGCACAAACGACGUGCCGCUGGCCAACAAGCGUCGUUUCGGCCUUCCAGAGGAGGCUCCUCCCUCUGGUCCUGCUCCGUCCGGCUACGGCAAGCCUCCUUCCGACUCGCAAUUCUUCAACGGCCGUGUGGACCGCGACCGUGAGCGCGUCCCACAAGAGCGCGACGACCGCCGUGACGACCGGUACGACCGUGGCGACCGCCGUGACGACUACGACCGCGACCGCAGACCACGCGACGAUGAUCGCCGCCGGGACUAUGACGACCGUGACCGCGGACGCGACUCGUACGGCCGCGACCGUGACGCAGGCGCUGGUGGCGGCGGCGGCGGUGGACGGAGCAGCAGGUGGGACGACGACCGUGGCCGUGGACGAGAGGGUGGAGACGGUGAGUCCCUGUUCAAGGUGUUGGAGAAGAUGAGCCUGACGGAUCAAGAUGGACCCAGGAAGAGGAGGUCUCGCUGGGGAGACGCCAACGACCGUGCCGACGUCGCGGGCCUGCCCGUGAACAUUAUGGGUAAGGUGUCUCAGUCGGAGCUCGACGGCUACGCCAUCCACGUUCGUCUCGAGGAAAUCAACCGCAAGCUGCGUACCGGUGACGUUGUGCCCCCCGACGGACAGCGCUCGCCCUCGCCCCCGCCCAAGUUUGACGCCUACGGUCGCCGCUCGAACACGCGCGAGAUCCGCUACAGGCAGAAGCUCGAGGACGAGCGUAACCGACUUGUGGACCGUGCCAUGAAGAACGACCCCAACUUCCGCCCCCCUAUCGAGAUGCAGCAGCGUCGUAAUGGCCGCCCGAUGGAGAAGGUCUACAUUCCCGUGCACGAAUUCCCCGAGAUCAACUUCUUCGGCUUGCUCGUCGGCCCCCGUGGCAACUCGCUCAAGCGCAUGGAGCGCGAGAGUGGUGCCAAGAUCUCUAUCCGUGGCAAGGGAAGUGUCAAGGACGGCAAGGGACGUUCGGACGCCUUCGCCAACGACGAGGACGACGAGCUUCACUGUGUGGUGACGGCCGACGACGAGCAGAAGGUCAGGACAUGUGUUCAGCUCAUCAACAAGGUCAUCGAGACCGCGGCUUCUACCCCCGAGGGACAAAACGACCACAAGCGUAACCAGCUGCGUGAGCUCGCCUCGCUCAACGGUACGCUCCGUGACGACGAGAACCAGCUGUGCCAGAACUGUGGUGAGAAGGGCCACCGACGAUGGGAGUGCCCCCAGCAGCGCAUGUACAGCGCCAACGUCAUCUGUCGUCUGUGUGGCGGUGCGGGACACAUGGCUCGCGACUGCCGUGGUCGUGGCGACCCGAGCCUGGCGACGAACAACAAGACGCAGUUCGACUCGGAGUUCUCGGCACUCAUGGCCGAGCUGGGCGAGACGCCUGGCGGCGACGCGCGCCCCCAGGCUGGCCAACAGGGACAGCAGCAACAGCAACCCGAGGAGCGCGUCCCUCCUUGGCGCAUCCCCGAGAACUGGCACGGCGGUGGCCGCCGCAACGACGGUGGCGGCUUCGGUGGUGGCGGUGGUGGAGGCGGCUAUGGCGGCGGCGGCGGCGGCUACGGUGGCCAGGACCAGGGCUACGGCGGCGGCGGCGGAGGCUACGGCCGGGAUCAAGGCUACGGCGGCGGUGCCGGCGGUGGCAACGCCGACCAGUAUGCUUCCUACUACGCGUCGAUUGGGCAGGCUGCCUAAACGACAACUGACCGCUCACGCGACGACGACGACGACGUGCGAGCUGAGCGCGAGCUGAGAGAGAGAGACAGAGCUGAGAGAGAGCUGAGCUGCUGAGCGCCGCAGCAUUGCCCUGCCCAGCUAGCUCACCGCCGGUUAGCCGAGGAGAAGACUAGUUUGCAGAUCACAGACCAACAAACCUUACGUUUUCAUGUUAUCGAGUUGGAGUGCUGAUGUAUGAUGCGUGUCGAGCGCGGCGGCGGCGAGACGCCAGCCAACGUCAUGCCAGCCAACGUCGUACCAGACAGGCGGAUAUCAUGAGGUUUGUACGUGCCUGUGGCCUGAUCGCUCGGCCUGAUGGUCAUCUUGACGAGAUCUGCAAAGCAGUGCAGUGUACACUAGGCAUGCGUGAUGAAGAUGAAGAUGCAUGAGAUGAUGCUAGAGACAUGUUUUGGGGGUUCGGCUGCGUUGCGCUGCGUUACCACACCUCGUCGACCUUGCUGCGGUGGAUACAGAAUCCAGGCGUCACCCACUCGCGGCACCCGCACUGCAUGCCGGCCCAGUCAAACGUGCCGAUCUUGGCGCCGCACUUGUCGUUCGGACACACAAGCUUGCCGCUCACGCCGCCGGCGUUGAGCACGGGCUCCAUCCACGUGAGCGGCUCGACAAAGUAUCCCGAGCACUUGGGGUUGACGAGGAUGGGCGCAGGGGCAGCGAUGCCGAACGAGGGGCGCCGGGGCGGCGCGGAGGGCGUGGGCGCGUUCGCGACGGCCGAGAGCGGGGUGCCGCUCGCCUCGGGCGAGCUCGCUGCCGUC